CGUAACUACGUGUAGACGUUAUUUGGCGGUUUUACUUGGAAAAUCAGCCGUUUUCUAGCAUUCGAAUAACUAUGGAUAAACCUGAAACGAUAGAAGAAGGAUUGGAGAUGAAUUUCAUUUACAAAUAGCCUAAGUGAAUGUGCACGAACAAAGGAGGGUGGAGAUGGCACAAUGUGACUGAACUAAAACCUCCGAAACAUCCUUCCUUCCUCAUAUUAGUCAUUUGUUAACGACGAUGGCUGUGGAUGGGAAAAAAAGACAAAUGCCACCCGGGUUGAUGAAGAUCAAAGAGCUUAACAAGGAGAACUUGAAAACCUGUGGGUUGCAGUUAAUUUGUCAUGUAACGCAAGAAUUUAAAAAAGAGCAAAAUAAACUUAGAACUUAUGUUACUGAGAUUCUCCAUAGCAUCUUCUUUUUAGCGAUCAUUCAUAAGGACCGUCUCACUCCUGAAGACAUUUUAUCUGCACAGACUGAGAUUGUAAGACAGGAAUUUCCAGAACCGUUUAGGAACUACAAGAGUCAUUUACCAAAACGGACACCUUUCUCAAUAUUGUUAGACAUAAUGCAGCUUACAUUUGGCACAAAAGAGAACAUCAUGAAGGAGCUUUGCAGUCUAAUGAAAAAGCUGAAAUUUCCUUAUCCUCUGCACAAACCAGCAAACAAAAACCAGCGCUACUACACACUGGAAUCCACCGUCAUCUGCGUUUGCUCCAAUAGUCUGAACACAUCACAAGAAUAUUUUGGUGCUUCUCUGGGUUGUAGGACAGAAAACGCCAAAAGUAUUAUGAUAUAUUCCUCAUGUAUAAAUACGUGGCAUGAGUAUGUGUCAUAUGCAGUAAUGUCAUUUGAACAUCAAACAGAGGGUGACAGUUUACAGUUUCAUGAGUCUAUGCAAUGCCAGGCAUACAUCAGGGAUUGGAAAGACAACAUUUACAAGGAAAGACAACCAUGUAUGAACUGUACACGUCUUUUCAGUCUGCCAAAAGGUACAGAACAAGAACAUUAUCCUUAUGGCAACUGUGCAGAGACAGAGUGCUUGAGCAAACUCCUGUUCAAUGAUCAGUUCAUGCUGGAGAAUAUAAAAAUCAGGAAUUAUACAACUGACAAAAUGAAUAUGUUAAAACACCGUACCAGAGAACGUUUACUAGGCAAGCUUGCUUCCAUACCUUCUCUCAGCAAUCUAAAUAAAGAUGAUCUAUGGUUUAACACUUAAAAAUAAAGGUCCAAUUUAGAGCAAAAAGGGUUUUCACAAUAAUUCAUUGAAAAACACUCAAAUUUGUCAUUCUUUAUCAUGUUUUUUAGCACUUUGUGUUGAGAUUCAGUUUCAUUGGUAUAUAAGUGUCACUUUAUUGAUUCCGUGACGAUGAACACAUUGUGUAACCUUAUAUUCAUUAGAUUUCAAACCGGUUCAAACUGGUUUGGUACAUGGUGUACAAUGUGCACUUGAUGACAGCGCAUGAUCACCAUAGAUUCUUAGUUUGUUUUGCAAAUGUUUUACAGUACAAGCCACACCUUGAGUUUCUGGUUAAAGUGCAUCCGCAUGUCAUUCCCUUUCAUUUUAGCUCUAAUACUGAACAUAAAUGGUCUUUUCCAUAUAAUUGGAAAUGGUUAAUAAUAAUCUAAGAUGUUUUGUGUUAUUGUGAAAAUAAAAUGUUACUGAAAACAAGUAUUCUGUUUAAUUUAUACAAAUGCCUUUAUUGAAAAGAUGAGAAAAAGAGACACUGUCCCUGUGAGUCAAAAGGUUUAAGAUCAUCUGGACCGGCCACUAAAUUAUUUUAGGCCAACAAAUGUUGUCAGUGAAAUAAAUCAAUAACGUGACAAGCCUAACAAUUUGUGCCAAUUUAAAGAAAAACACAUGAUUUGACUCAAAGCCUUAUUGUCACUUCCUCAUAUGACAUCUACCCCUGGUCUUUCCUUUAUGAAAAAAGAAAAAACUUGACUAGACAAAAAUAAAACCGUAAACAAACAAACAGCUCAAUUAUUAAAAUUAUUAUUAAAAAGCUGAAUUAUUCAGUCUAUGGGUUCCUAUAUGUUUUGCUAUUUAUUUCAGAGUAUUCUUGAAAUUUGAUAUUAUUAAACCAUCAAAUAAAAUCCAGUUUUCAUCAGUUUUCA